AUGGUCCCGAGUACCACCAAGAAGUUCGCUCCGAACUGGGACUACUCAGGCGAAGCCGCCAUGUGCGGCGAAAAUGGCACGCUCCCCUUGUUCCCUGUUAAGACUCUCAAGGUAGCCGCGGGGAGCACCAUUGGGUUCGCUGUGGCAGGACAGAGUCGUCUCUCAUCAGAUGAGAGCAAGGAUAUGAGUGAUUUCGACCCCAGUUUCUACAUGUAUCACCCCGGCCCGGCGACGGCGUGGUUGUCGAAGGCUCCCGAUUCGGUGGAUUUGAAUGAAUAUAAGGGUGACGGCGAUUGGUGGGUAGACUUCUUCCCUCUCGUACUCAGGACUAAGGGAGCUUUCAUGAACUUCACUAUCCCAGCUGCUACCCCGCCGGGCAAGUACUUGCUACGCGCUGAGCAUCUGAACAUGGAGAAUGGAGGCUUCUAUAAGACGACAGAGAUGUAUCAGGCUUGUGCACAUGUGGAGAUUACUGGUUCAGGCACAGAUUGGACAGGCACUCCCGGCCCAGUGACUCACUUCCCUGGUGCAUUCGAUGCGAAAGAUCCCGGUAAGUUAGGAUUAAAACUGGCGGCUUCAGAUUGGAUGCUAAUGCAAGAAGGUAUCUGGCUACCUCAAGCUUUGUUCAGACCAUAUCAACCCAUGGAGGAGCUAAAGAACUGGCAGGGUGCUGGACCUAAGGUGUGGCGUGACACCACCCGUCUCGAUACCCUCCCAACAGAGAUCAUCAGGAACGUACUAUCAUUUCUAAAAGAAGAUACUCCCGCCAUCUAUGAUGAGGAAGCUGAGACCAAUGAAUCAGUCUUUCAAGAUUGGUUUAGGUGGGACUCGAAAAACUACCGAAGCGCCGCACUGGUCAACAAAGGUCUUGGUGUAUGGUCACAAGAACUACUUGUCGAGUCUGCUAUGAUCUGUGAAACUCCAGGGGCAUAUAUUUGGGGGUCUUGGAGGUCGACCCUGCGAGCAUCCCCUUUGGCUCUGUUCGUCCGCACAUUGUUCGACCGACCAGAUCUUGGCCCCAAGGUUCGACAACUUACGGUCCUCAUCCCAAGCCAGUCCUGCGCUAAGGAGAUGGCCUUGUACAACCUGGAGGAAGGUAAACCUGCGCACAAUAUUCUAAGCCGAGCGGCGGCCCAUAUCAAAACCCUCGGCAUUCCAAGGAGACUUCGCAUAAGCUGGACCAAGAAGCUGAGGGCGCAAUAUCCUUACUGCCUCAUUGGCAUCAUUCUGACUCUGGUGCCGAACGUCAGACAUGUGGCCUUUGUGCUAGACACAGAAUCUUUCAAAGACGAUGGCAUCGACUUCCUCUGUACUUUCUUCGGUACAAGGCCCACUAAGGCUCACCAUCUCGCUUAUUUCCAUCGCCUUGGUGCCCUGCGCUCUGUCAAGUCGUUGAUAAUUCGUGGACCGUCACCGGUUGCUCUAACCGGGCUAGAGUAUUUUCCAGGUAUUCAAGACCUGCAUCUGAGGUUGGAGUUUCGACCCAACCGUCGAGCAGGGCUCACUCCCGCCACUAUCUCAAGUGUGCAAUUCCGAAAUGUGUCCAGACUCCGUCUAGACAUACAGCUUGUGCCCAAGCCUGGUCGUCUGGAUAGAACACACCCUACAGGUUAUUUCGGACCGCUGCUCGCUGCAUUUGAGAAUCUCAUGCACCUGGAUCUCUCGGAUGGACCGAGGGAUAAUAACCGCAACUAUGCUUACGCUUCAGCUGAACUCAUCCUACUACAUCUCAACGACCUUUCGCGUUUGGUCUCUCUGAAAAUGCCUCGCAAAAUCGCAGGCCCGGAGCUCGAGUCAACAACUAUGGCUAUGCUCACCAGCCUGAAGACAUUGACCGCGCCUUUCCGCGCCAUCGUCAAUGAAGACCUAGACACCUUCAAAUCUCUCCCUCAGUCUCUUCAACAUCUCAUCCUUCAUGAUGCGGUCUUCGAUACUAUCCCGUGUGUACAAGAUCUGAUGCAGGAGAAAGCGACAGGAGAAUCGAUGGCUGACAUGACACGAAUCGAAAUGUGGUUCGCUGAAUCAUUCACCGACAAGUCCUUGGAACGCUUGCGAAAGGGGACGAUGUUCCCGAGCCUCGAAGAGAUAGCUUCUGAGGUGAAGGUGCGGCUGAUUAUCGGCAAGAUUGACCGUGAAGACUAG